AUGGCUACCAACGAUACUAUUUCACAGUGCGUGGAUCCGAGAUAUAUCUUCCAGUCUUUCGAUAAUCUCGGAAACUGCUACAACGCAAUCGGGGGCACACUAGGUCCGAACAUAACCAAUGUUGUGGAAACAUGCCUGAACGAUUACUGCAAGAACCCUUAUCCUGCGCUCGGCGGCUGUGGAAAUUGGAAUGGCACAGCAUCUCUUCCAUUUAUCGUCAGUACCACGAAGGGCAACCAGUAUUUCUGGAACAAUGAUACCUGUGCCGGAGUCAAGGAUGGGAUCAAUACAGACAUUGGUGGACCUGGGGUUUUCGUCUCCUACCUGAUGCAACUAGGAAUGGUCCUUUAUUUCUGGUUUCUCCUCCACUCAUUUCGCCUCUUUCCAUCCAUAAUCUCCUUCUGCACCAGAACAAGGCAGUCUCAAAAGACCUCACCUCCCACUUAUCAGAUCAAAGGGGAUAUCAUCCGACAUUACUUCACCCGGCACGACCACAUAUUGAAGGUAAUUCUCCUCGAAUUCCAAGAAGCCCAAUGCUUCUUUAUGAUCGCCUCACAAGCCGCAAUUUUGCUGGCUACGAAGUCAACUACCAUCUUCCAAUCCAACACCAUGCCCUCCCUCUGGGCAAAUAACGGCUUUGCAGGCGUUGUUUCCAGCGCUGGUAUAUUGCCCAUUGUCAUGGUCGCAACCGUUAUCGUGUCUGAAUUCUCGCUGUACUGGACGUACGAAACCCCAUCGGUUGAUCAACUUAGUACCUUUGACUAUAAUGAAUGGCCCGAAAGUUAUGGUGGGUAUGUACCUCCAUUGAUUUACUGUACGAAUCAAACAGAAGACUUCUACCUAAGGGUUCCGAUUCUCUUUUUCUGGCAGGUGCUCAAUCCAUAUUGUUUGGUUGUAUUUGGGCUAGAUGUCAUCCUGUGGCUUCAACCAUACGUUGUCAAGAUGGCGGAUAACGAGGCCAGCCGGGGGGGUUAUUGGGCGAAAUUUAUUCGUCUAGAUCUGCCCAAUAUCUCGUUAAAAGCUCAACAACUGGCUACUUCGACCUGGGGCAAAUGGGUCAGGAAGCUACACGGCCUGCUCACAUUCCUUGUUGAGUCGCUGUUUCUCGUAGCUGUCUUUUUAGAAUGCCUAUGCUUUGCCGAGUUUGGUCAUCUCAGGGCGAUCGACUUUUCGGCUUGGGGGUUUGGCCAGAUUGUUGCACUGACUAUCUGGUUCCCUGUGGCUAGCAAACAUAUAUAUUUGGUUUUAUUUGGCACUGAGUCUUACUCGCAAGCUCGCACACCUAAGUCUGAUUACACCGACAAGGAUAAAGAGAAAUCGGAUAAAAAUACUGAUGAUAUUGAAUCCCAAGCUCCACAGUCCUCCAAUAUAAUCGAUCACAUUCACCAGAAGGGGGGUGAAGCGAGCCAAUGA